AAUUGCGACCCGCUAGAUGACUCCUGGGGCACGGGCUACCGCAUUGCCAAGACACAGUCACCCCACACUCAUAUGACUAGUGACCAGGAGACAACACAAAUCAGCUGCACACAAAACCAGAUUACAAGCACUAAAGCCCUGCAAAAGCCAGACAGCAGGACUAUUCAGAGGCCUGCCUGCCCCAGCAAUAGAAGCUCUCGCAGCUGGAUACCAACUACAAAGAACCGAGAGACAAGACAACAAGUGCAGGACUCAAGCCAGUGGACAUGA